CUCCUCCUUCUCCCGGUGGCUCAGUCAGUCAGUCAGUCAGUCAUUGAGAUUCACUCCGAGCCGAUUUUCACUGGAGUGGAAAGGAUAUACGACCAUUGUUAAGACAUCAUGGGUAUUAAAUUCUUGGAGGUAAUAAAGCCGUUCUGUGCGGUCCUACCAGAGAUCCAGAAACCUGAAAGAAAGAUCCAGUUCAGAGAAAAGGUGCUAUGGACGGCAAUUACUCUCUUCAUCUUUCUUGUGUGUUGCCAGAUUCCUCUUUUUGGCAUAAUGUCAUCAGAUUCUGCAGAUCCAUUCUACUGGAUGAGAGUCAUUCUGGCUUCAAAUAGAGGUACUCUGAUGGAGCUGGGUAUCUCGCCUAUUGUCACCUCAGGCCUGAUAAUGCAGCUGCUGGCUGGAGCUAAGAUCAUUGAAGUUGGAGACACCCCAAAGGAUAGAGCGCUCUUUAACGGAGCUCAGAAAUUGUUUGGGAUGAUCAUCACCAUCGGUCAGGCCAUUGUUUAUGUGAUGACUGGCAUGUAUGGAGAUCCAUCAGAGAUGGGUGCAGGGAUCUGCUUGCUCAUCAUCAUCCAGCUGUUUGUAGCAGGGCUGAUUGUGCUGCUCCUGGAUGAAUUGCUCCAAAAGGGCUAUGGCCUCGGUUCAGGAAUCUCGCUGUUCAUUGCCACCAACAUCUGUGAGACCAUCGUCUGGAAGGCCUUUAGUCCCACCACUGUGAACACAGGAAGAGGAACAGAAUUUGAGGGAGCAGUCAUCGCUCUUUUUCACCUCCUCGCCACAAGGACUGACAAAGUGCGUGCUCUCCGGGAGGCCUUCUACAGGCAGAACCUCCCCAACCUCAUGAACCUCAUCGCUACAGUGUUCGUCUUUGCUGUAGUUAUAUACUUUCAGGGAUUCAGAGUGGAUCUGCCCAUCAAAUCUGCUCGCUACCGUGGCCAAUAUAACACAUACCCCAUCAAGCUUUUCUACACCUCCAACAUUCCCAUCAUCCUGCAGUCUGCUUUGGUCUCCAACCUGUAUGUUAUCUCCCAGAUGCUUUCCACACGCUUCAGUGGGAAUUUCCUGGUGAAUCUGCUUGGAACGUGGUCUGAUGCAACGUCAGGUGGUCCAGCCCGUGCCUAUCCUGUCGGAGGACUUUGCUACUACCUCUCUCCACCAGAGUCGUUUGGUUCUGUUCUAGAUGACCCAGUCCAUGCUCUAAUUUACAUCUUUUUCAUGCUCGGCUCAUGUGCCUUUUUCUCCAAAACUUGGAUUGAAGUUUCAGGCUCUUCUGCAAAAGAUGUAGCGAAGCAGCUGAAGGAGCAGCAGAUGGUGAUGAGAGGACACAGAGAAACCUCAAUGGUUCAUGAACUGAACAGGUACAUUCCAACCGCUGCUGCCUUUGGUGGACUUUGCAUCGGCGGUUUAUCGGUGAUGGCGGACUUCCUCGGUGCCAUCGGUUCUGGCACCGGUAUCUUACUGGCCGUCACCAUCAUUUAUCAGUACUUUGAAAUCUUUGUGAAAGAACAAAGUGAAUUAGGCAGCAUGUCGGCCAUGUUCUUCUAAAAAA